AUGCGAAUUGGUACAUUCUUCACGAAAUCUGCAGAUCAACUGCAAAAAAGAAUAGCAACAUUAGAAAACACCAAUAAACUCCUAGCAUUAUCAAAAAAUACGCCUAAUUUCACACAAAUUCUCUCAUCAAAUGGUAUAGGAUGCCUUACAGACGCAUUUAGAGCGCGUUCAAUUGAUAAUGUAUAUUCCUUAUCAUAUGUGGAGUUACCAAGUAAUGUUAUACCAUUCCAUGCAGCUAUUAGCGGUCGUAACGCGCCCACUGUUGGUCGUUGGAUCAGAAAGCAUGUUAUCGAUGACGAUAAUCUCGGUGAACUGCCUGAUUUUACCAGAUGGAAUGCAAAUGAAAAUAAGGGAACAGGCAUAUGGUCAGGCAGACGCUCUAGAAGUGUGGCACUCCCUUCUCAACUCGAUAGCAAUGUAUUAAGCUCUGAUUCAAUAAAGUCGCUGGUAUACUUUACAGAACCACACAGUGAGGAUUUCGUGCACUCUUUGCAUGAGAGAUUUCCUAAGGCGAAGAAACUAGGUAUAAAUCUACCACAUACACCUUUUGAAACAGGUUUACCACAGACUCUAGUCUUCCCAGGCGGUUCUGUCGUCGGUGGUGGCUUAAUAGGCUUUGGAAGCACCGAGUGCAUCAAGAAAGAUGCACCUACUAUCAAUUUUGACGGCUAUUCAUCUUUCUCAGACGUAAUGGAAGUGACGAACGCGUCAGGUAACAUAAUUCUGACAUUAAAUAAUGCCAACGCAUGUAGACAACUUCUCGAAUUGCUUAAUAAGAACAGGGUUGACAAAGAGGAUGAGUAUUACUUGGCAGCAUACACCAACGAGGGAAGCAUCAAGAGUAUACAUAGAAUAACCAGUGGUGAUCCAUCCAGAGGCGCAAUUGCACUCGACACGACUGAAGAUUUGACACUCAGUCACAAAGUGCAGUUCAUGAAGCGUGAAAGCACCUCUACUGUAGCUGAAAUUGAUCCAACACCUGCUAAAACAACAUCACCUAGCAUUAGCGUUAUAUCGUCAAAGUAUCCAUUACUUUCAUUACCCCUCGAAGACGCUAUCACAACUCAAGACUACGUCCACAUCGAAAAUGAAUUCAUAAUUGCAUCUGAAUUGGGUUUCAACACCAGUACAAACCCAGAACACACACCUUGGUCAUGUAAUGUCGAAUCAAGUGCGAAUUUAUUGUUGUAA